AUUUAUUAAAAUUAUAUUAAAAACAGGAAUCUACUUUGUAGCUCUUCCUCUCGUAUUUUCUCUUCUUCGCCCAGACAACAGACGAAGAAGCUUGCUGCCUUUAUCCGAAGAAUUUAGGGUUUUCAUUUCUUUCCCUCGUCGUACCAUCAAAAUCAUCGAAAUCCUAAUAUCAAGACCAGGCUUCAGCAUCCUCUUGUCGUUUUCGUUUGCUCUCUAAGGUUCAUGUCUGAUCUUGAAGUUCAAGUCCCCACUGCCUUUGAUCCGUUUGCUGAUGCAAAUGCUGAGGACGCUGGAGCUGGAGCUGGAACAAAGGAAUACGUGCACAUACGUGUUCAGCAGCGUAACGGUAGAAAAAGCUUGACCACUGUCCAGGGUAUUAAGAAAGAGUACAGCUACACCAAGAUCCUCAAAGACCUCAAGAAAGAAUUCUGCUGCAAUGGCACUGUUGUCCAGGACUCUGAACUAGGACAGGUUAUUCAGCUUCAAGGUGAUCAGAGGAAGAACGUCUCUACCUUCCUUAUCCAGGCUGGUCUGGUGAAGAAGGAUAACAUCAAAAUCCAUGGUUUUUGAGCAAAUUCUACAUACUUCAUCUUUGCGAAAUCAAUCAGCCCUUCUCAAAGGCAGUAUGAACAAACAUAUAUGUAUUAAUAAUGUUUUAUACAUAUAAAAUAUAUUGUCAGAAAAAAAAAGAAUUAAAUGGUUUGCUUAUGAGCGAGUGUAACACAAAUGUAUGAACUUUUCAUUUGCGUUUGUAGCGUGAGAUUAUCAAUAACACUUUGUGAAAUUGAGUGAUUUAAGAUGGGA